AUGUCUACAGAUGAACUAUCAAAUGAUUCAUCACAAGAAGAAUCAUCUGACAAAAAGGAAACAAAUUGGACAUCUGAUACAGCUGUUUUAGAUAUGAAAUCGAUUGUGAAAAAUGAAACAUCAGCUGAAGGAGGAAUUGCAUGGCCCGUUUGGUUCAAAUUGUUUACUGCACCACCUUUACGAUGGUUUGGUUUAUCUUUAAUGAUUAUCCUUAUGCUUAUUAAUCAAGCUGCAUAUGAUUUUUCUAAUGCUUGGCUUGCUCUCUGGUCUGAUAAAGAUAAUCGAGAACAACGAUUAUCAAUCUAUGUAUAUUUGUAUGUUGGAGCUGUAAGUUUGACAUUAAUUGUAGCAAUCACACGUGUUGGUUUUAUCUACUAUAUUUUACUCCGUGGUUCGACCUAUUUUCACAAUCGAAUGCUCAAAGGUAUGUUAUAUACUUCAUUAAGAUUCUUUGAAAGUAAUCCAAGUGGACGAAUCUUAAAUCGAGCAAGUAAAGAUCAACAAGUUUUAGAUCAUUCAUUACCAUUAACUUUCAUUGAUACUAUGCAAUAUCUUUUACUGAUUAUUGGUUCUAUUACAAUUAUUGGUAGAACAAAUCCAUGGGUACUUUUCAUUCUCAUUCCUUUAGUUCCUUCAAUUUUGUGGCUUCGUCGAUUCUAUAUACGUUCAAGUCGUCAACUCAAACGACUCGAAAGUGUAACACGUAGUCCUAUUUAUACAUUUUUUUCAUCAUCAUUCGAUGGACUUACCAGUAUUCGAGCAUUUAAUAUUCAAAAUGAUUUUUUAAACAUGUUUAUGGACAAAAUUGAUAAUAAUUCACGAGCUUAUUUCAUUGUUUCUUCAUCUGCAUAUUGUUACUUUUCGUCAUCAAAUAGAUCCGUCGGCAGCAGCACUUAG